AACUGGGCAUGCGCCAUGGCCAAGCCGUCCGCUUUAGGGCCCUCCCCUCCCGUACCCGGCCCGGAGGAACCGGGAGCGCCCGGGAAUCGGGAACGUGCGUGAUGACGCACGUGCACGCGAAGACGUGGGGACGCAGGCGGGUCGUAGAGAGCGUUCAGCUGUCUAUAUAUCUCCCUAGAUACCUAAAACUGACUACCUGACCACAUCUUCCCAUUGCUGAGCUAUUUCCCUGAUAUCUGGCCAUGCAACGGAGAUCAAGAGGGAUAAAUACUGGGCUUAUUCUACUCCUUUCUCAAAUCUUCAAUGUUGGGAUCAACAAUAUUCCACCUGUCACCCUAGCAACUUUGGCCCUCAACAUCUGGUUCUUCUUGAACCCUCAGAAGCCACUGUACAGCUCCUGCCUUAGUGUGGAGAAGUGUUGCCAGCAAAAAGACUGGCAGCGUUUACUACUCUCUCCCCUUCACCAUGCUAAUGAUUGGCAUUUGUAUUUCAAUAUGGCAUCCAUGCUCUGGAAAGGAAUACAUCUAGAAAGAAGACUGGGAAGUAGAUGGUUUGCCUUUGUUAUCACCACAUUUUCUAUACUUACUGGAGUGGUAUACCUGCUCUUGCAAUUUGCUGUUGCUGAAUUUAUGGAUGAACCUGACUUCAAAAGGAGCUGUGCUGUAGGUUUCUCAGGAGUUUUGUUUGCUUUGAAAGUUCUUAACAACCAUUAUUGCCCUGGAGGCUUUGUCAACAUUUUGGGCUUUCCUGUACCGAACAGAUUUGCUUGUUGGGUCGAACUUGUGGCUAUUCAUUUAUUCUCACCAGGGACUUCCUUCGCUGGGCAUCUGGCUGGGAUUCUUGUUGGACUAAUGUACACUCAAGGGCCUCUGAAGAAAAUGAUGGAAGCAUGUGCAGGUGGUUUUUCCUCCAAUGUUGGUUACCCAGGACAGCAAUACUACUUUAAUAGUUCAGGCAGCUCUGGAUAUCAGGAUUAUUACCCGCAUGGCAGGCCGGGUCACUAUGAAGAAGCACCCAGGAACUAUGACACGUACACAGCAGGACUGAGUGAAGAAGAACAGCUUGAGAGAGCUUUACGAGCCAGCCUCUGGGACCGAGGAAAUACCAGAAAUAGCCCACCACCCUACGGGUUUCGUCUCUCACCAGAAGAAGAAAUGAGGAGACAGCGGCUUCACAGAUUCGAUAACCAGUGAGGUGGCGUCUUGGGAAGACAUGGUCUAUUCAUGUAAUUAUUGCCCAUUUGGCUCAUUCCUGAAGCCCCUAAUUCAUUUUAAUUCAUUUUAAACAAAAGCAGAGCACACCGGUAUUGCUCCAGACUGCUCACAUCACCUGGGACAGUCCUCCCAUGGCCCCUAUGAGUCAACUCACAGCUUGCUGGGAGUGAGCCUUCUCCUGGCCUUGUUCUUGCUCAUAAACAGGUCACUUCCUCUACGAAGGGACCAGUUUCCACACUCCCUCCUCUCACUGCUGACUCAGCAAUGCCUCUGCUUUGGUCUGCUUUUGAAGACUGUGACCUUCACCAGGAGGUUUUACUUUCACCAGUCAGGAAGAUUAGUCCCUCAUUCUGCCUGGAGAGCCCCAUGUUUGACUUGGCAGCGGGAGUGGAGCCAUCCCCGCGUCCUCCUGGCGCAUUGCCACUGCGGCUGUCCAGGAACAGGAUGUGGCUGCCUCGGCCGAAUGUUGUCCUACUCUCCCCAACCCCGGCACCUCGGCACCUC